AUGGUAAUGACUAAAUAUGAGCUUUGUGUCCGCUUCGAGGAUGGACUCAGGGAUAGUUUAAGAGUUCUGAUAGUUUCGCAGAGGGAGCGUGACUUUUCAGCACUGGUAGAGAAGGCAAAGAUCACCGAAGAGGUGAAGCGCGCUGAGUGCCAAAACCAGGAUAAAGAGAGGGACAAGAAUAAGAGGGAUUCAAAGCCCUCGAGUUUUGCAAUGAGGCCUAAGAAAAAGACGCCAUCCGAGCGAAUAUUGGAGGACGACUGGGCUUGUUUAAGAUGUGAGUCUAUUGAGCACCGUGUUCGAGAGUGUCCACUGAGGGCCGAUCAGGUGCAAGUCGCGAGUUCUGCUACUGCACAGCCACUGAGGGUAGUUCAGCAGCUGCCUAAGGGUUGUGGUCAAGCUAGGGGUGGUAAUGGUAUGGCUCGUGGGCAAAGUGCACUGGACAAAGGUGCUGGACAGGCUAAGACGAGACAAUCAGCCCUAGUUUAUGCUGCUCAUCACCGAGAGGAUAGAGAUGAUUUGGACGUCAUCACGAGUAUGUUUUUUAUUUUUGAUUUGUCUUACACUGCGUUGAUAGAUAUAGGAUCUACGCAAUCCUAUGUUGCCUGUUCUAUUUCUAAAAACCUAGGGAUUCCUGUUUAUAGUACUUCUAGUGAGGUGGUUGUGCUGAGCCCACUGGGGCAAUCUGUUAGAGUUAGCAAACUGUACAGGGAUGCUCGUUUAGAGGUUCAAGGGAUGGUAUUUCUGACUGAUUUGAUGAAGCUUCUGUUUGGAGAGUUCGAUAUGAUAUUAGGGAUGGACUGGUUGGUCAAGCAUCGUGUCAGUUUAGACUGUGCGACUAAGAGGGUUCUAUUAAGAACUGAAGGGGGUAAUAAAGUAGUUCAGAAUGUUAAGGAUAUUAAAACUGUGAGGGAUUUUCUGGACAUCUUUCCUGAGAAGCUAUUGGAUUUACCUCCGAAUCGGGAAGUGGAGUUUGGGAUUGAGCUUCUCCCUGGUACAGCUCCAGUGUCUGUCGCUCCCUAUCGAAUGGCACUGAAGGAGCUUACGGAGCUCAGGGCUCAAAUCCAAGAGUUAUUGGAUCGUGGGUUCAUCCACCCCAAUAUGUCUCCGUGGGGAGCACCGGUACUGUUUGUUAAGAAAAAGAAUGGAUCCAUGAGGAUGUGUAUCAACUACUGA